CCCCGGCCCCCGGUUUGGGAUACCCUACCCGGAAGUGGGUGGUGGAGUCACCGUCACCGAACUGGUCACACCACCAUCGGCAUACUGCCUGCUGGGAUGAGGCUCACCACCGGAAAACCACAGAGAUUGUUACAAAUCUGAUCUCACCCUCAAAUCUCAGCCCUAACUCAUCGAAACGACCUGUUACCGAGAAGAAGUUUGUGAGAGAAGGGAGGAAGGAGACGCGUUGCCAAAAUGAUGGAAGAAAUAGAUAGAUUCCAAGUGCCGAGCGCCGUGCAGGAGGCGGAGAUGCAGGCGGAGAUGCAGCCUCUGGACCCAGCCUCAUCCACAGCCUCAGAGGCCGAUUCAGACACCAGAGAGGGGGAACCUGUCACUAUCAACUACAAGCCCUCACCCCUGCAGAUGAAAAUAGAGAAACAGAGAGAGCUGGCGAGGAAGGGCUCGUUGAAGAACGGCAACACCGUAGGUAGUCCCGUCAACCAGCAGCCCAAGAAGAACAACGUUAUGGCCAGAACACGGUUGGUAGUGCCAAAUAAAGGCUAUUCAUCUUUAGACCAGAGCCCAGAUGAAAAGCCCUUAGUGGCCUUAGAUACAGACAGUGAUGAUGAUUUCGACAUGUCUAGAUACUCGUCUUCAGGAUACUCGUCUGCCGAGCAAAUCAACCAGGAUCUGAACAUCCAGCUGCUCAAAGAUGGUUACCGCCUAGACGAGAUCCCAGAUGACGAAGACCUGGAUCUGAUUCCACCCAAAUCAGUCAACCCUACCUGCAUGUGCUGCCAGGCAACCUCGUCCACCACCUGUCAAAUACAGUAACCCAGCCCUUCAUCCCUCGGCCCCGCCCCUUUUCCACACGACAUAACCCUGACUCCAUCUGCUGUGAGUUUACUUCACCGCCAGAGUGGCGACAGUGAAGCAUUGGUAGAAUAUUGUAAUAACAGUUAAGUGCUAUGAUGAUAAUGACAAUGACAAAUAAUUAAAUUAACAUAAAGAUAGUUUGGUUUAAAUCUUGGAGAAGGAAUACGUAUGAAAUGUGAAAAUAUUCAAUAUGUAUUUCAAAUAUAAGUUAAAGUGAUGGUUUCCUCCUAUGGUAGGACGUGCACUUGUGUUUGAGCGCCUUCUCCUGGUGAUGUAACAUAACACACUGGUAUUAGUCGACAGGAAACAAAAGGUUAAUUGAUGCUAUGAAGUGAUUUCCAUUUCACAAAACAAAUGUUGUCAUGACUGCUGACUCAACUCUUCUGCUUACCUGAAUUCUAGGUUGUAAUUUUUGCAUUUUUUUUCUAGCUUUUUUUUAGUUUUUCUUGAAAUGCUUACUUUUUUUUAAACAUGAGGGAUCAGUAUGAUUGUAUAUGUUGACAUGGGUAUAUUUGAGAACACUGGACUGUGGUCUUGAUAUCUAACCCAAAUAGAAGGAAUAUCUGGUACUGUAUUUAUUGUACUGUACAGGGUUGUAAUGUAGCACAGGCCAGGUCGCUGCACUCAUUCACACCACCGUUAACAAUCCACCUCUUUGCUUUUCUUUUGCCCUGAUGGACUGAGUCGUAUCGAAGUUUGGGGAUGAAUGUAUGAAUAAGAAUGGCUGAGGAACAAAUUGCAUGAGGAACAAACGAAUGGAUAAAAUAAGUAGCCUGUGGCACAUCAGACCCCCCUGUUUUUUUUUUGUUUUGUUUUGUUUUUUCUGUGUAAUCACAUGCUGCUGCCAUGGCACUAACUUGACUCGUAUUAUUUUGAACUUGCACUUUUUUGUUCCCGUGUCCGUGCACUCUUUCCUGCAUAGCAGUGACAGUGUCUUAUCUGAAAUGAACUGUGUCAAAAGGGAAGAGCACAUAUCGCUGCACCAACCCUCUAACACAUGACAUGAACAUGUUUCUUAAUGAGGCCAAAGUCUGUUGACAGUCUGUCGUCUUACCCCCCUGAAAUAUUUUUCACCUUCCUUCCCCUGUUUUCUUCCUCACCACAGAUCAUUAAAGGAGCGCACAGGUUCAGGCACUACACUAAUUUACUCCUUUCUCUAUUUCACACACACAAACACUUACACACAAAUGGAUUUGCAUGCAUACAGCCGCACAGCGCUCACACGAAAACUGAGAUCUACUAAUCUUUUUUUAACUAAAAGGUCAGAAAUUGUUGUAUAAUUGAACAUCAGUGCGGUUGACUCGGAACACCGCUAUCCAUCAUCCAUUAACUACCCUCUCUCUCCCUUAAAUCUGUUGAUUAUUUGCAAUUAGAGUAUGCCUUAACUACAGAGAAGUUUAAAAGGUGUGUAUUUUUUACCAUCUUGAUCAUUUUAUUUGAAAGCAUUUGCUGUCUAUGAAACUUAUGCUUUUUUUUUACAUUUAGACACGAGUGAUAAUUGUUUCUCUUUGUUUUUUUUCCCCUUUUUAAAUGAUUUUAUUGUAAUGUAAACACUUCCAUUCCAGUAUUUAACAAUGUUAUUGUUACGUAUGUGCGGUGUAUGAAAACAAAUAAACACAAAGCUAAUGAGGUGA